UCUUUACAUUCUACAUAUAGUUAAAACUUGUUUAGGUAUUUAAUGACGAAGUGUAUUAUGUACUAAAUUGAUUAAUUAAUUAUUAACUAAUAUAAUUGCUAAUCCAGAAUUUCUACAGCUCUACUUUAAAAAAUAGAAACAACGAUAGGAAAUACAAAUAAAUAAUAAUAUAUUAAUAAUUAAAAGAAAUAUUAAAAGCAAAAUUUAAAAAUGCCUGGCUCCAUAUCGGAUACUACUUGUUCAACUCCAGAAAACGAUACAGUUGAGAGAAUUAUUAAGAAUGAUACUGUUCGUUAUGUAAGAAAAGGUUAUGGUCUCUUCUUUGCUAUAGUUAUUUUCUUAUCAUUCUUUUACUUUGGUCCUAUUUUACUCAAAGCAGUUUGGCCAUUAUAUCUUUCAUUAGGAGAACCUAAAUAUAUUAUCUUCUUUGCUUAAUUUUUAUUCCCAUCCUUCAUGUACGCCUUAGCCAACUUAAUCAUGUGGUCCAUAUACGUUUCUGAAAUUCCCUUCUUUGAGCGUUACCGUAUCUGGCCUGAGAAAUAAUGGCCUUGGUAAAAAGACCCUGUUGCAUGGAGAGCAAAGUUAAGAUAAACACUCAAAAAUAUCUUUAUUAACUAAUUUGUUGUAGCCCCUGCAAUGGCCGCUUUUGAAUUAUUCGUGACAGGAUCAAAAUGCUAAUAUUCUUUAGAAUCCUUCCCUGAUCAUAUCACUAUCAUUAAAUAAAUUACCUUCAUGAUGAUUGUUGAAGACUUUUUCUUCUAUUGGGGUCAUAGAGCUUUACAUACUCCUUAUCUUUAUUAGUUAAUUCAUAAAACUCACCACGAAUAUUACAAUGCUAUUUCUAUAUGCGCUGAGUACGCUCAUCCCAUUGAAUUCGCUGUUGCCAAUGUUUUGACUACAUCAGCUGGUUAUUUGAUACUUGGGUCUAGCGUUCACAUGUCUACCUUCAUUUUAUGGUUGGGUAUUAGAGUUUUCGAAACUAUUGAUGGUCACUGUGGAUAUGAAUUCUCUUGGAGUCCAUACAGAUUACUUCCUCUUAGUGGAUCUAGCGAGUAUCACAAUUAUCAUCACUCACAUAAUGUUGGUGUAUAUGGAUCAUUCUUCACUUAUCUAGAUACCAUUUUUAAAACAAACAAAGACUACUUUGCAUAUAAGGCUCGUAAAGAAAGAAAUGAAAAGGCUAAAAUUGAAAGCAGAGAAUUUUCUAAAGCUAAGAUUGAUCCUAAUGAGUUGAAUGAGAAAUUAAGCAGCUUAAGUAAGCUCUAAGAAUAAAAAAGUUAAUGAUUGAAAAAGUUUAAUAAUGUUAAUAAAAUUUAUUUUUUAUUUAAAUUGUGAUCUUAUUCUUAUUCAUGUUGUUUAUUUCUCUUAUAACUACUUAAAUUAUUAAUUAAAAUAAACUAAUUCCCUUGCUUUCUAUAAA